GUAGCAGUUGAGCUGAAACCGAAAGGAAGAAGAAGGGGAAGAAGAUGGAGAUGUAUCAGAUCUGGAGCAGGAGAAUAGCGUUGGGAGCAUUCGCGUUUGCGUUGCUGUUCUUAUCGGCAUCAGCAGACGACGUCGUUGUGCUAUCCGAAGAAAACUUCGAGAAGGAGGUUGGUCAGGACAGAGGAGCUCUCGUUGAGUUCUACGCCCCUUGGUGUGGACAUUGCAAAAAGCUUGCUCCAGAAUAUGAAAAGCUGGGUCUCAGCUUCAAGAAAGCCAAAUCUGUUUUAAUCGGCAAGGUGGACUGUGAUGAGCAUAAGAGUCUGUGCAGCAAAUAUGGAGUGUCUGGGUACCCUACAAUUCAGUGGUUUCCAAAAGGAUCUCUGGAACCCAAAAAGUAUGAAGGCCCACGCAAUGCAGAAUCACUUACUGAGUUUGUAAAUACAGAAGGAGGAACUAAUGUGAAGAUUGCUUCAGUUCCAUCCAAUGUAGUGGUGCUAACACCUGAAAAUUUCAACGAGGUUGUCUUGGAUGAAACCAAAGAUGUAUUGGUUGAGUUUUAUGCACCAUGGUGUGGACAUUGCAAAAGUCUUGCUCCUACUUACGAGAAAGUUGCCUCUGCAUUUAAAUUGGAGGAAGAUGUAGUGAUUGCAAAUCUGGAUGCUGAUAAAUAUAGGGAUCUGGCUGAAAAGUAUGAUGUGAGUGGAUUUCCUACCUUGAAGUUCUUCCCCAAGGGCAAUAAAGCCGGUGAAGAGUACGGAGGUGGAAGAGACUUAGAUGACUUUGUGGCUUUUAUCAAUGAGAAAUGUGGAACGAGUCGGGAUGGACAAGGACAACUUACUCCCAAAUCUGGUAUAGUAGAAAGCUUGGAUGUCUUGGUAAAGGAAUUUGUAGCUGCCAGUGAUGAAGAGAAGAAGGCUGUGUUUACCCGAAUAGAAGAGGAAGUUGAGAAGCUUAAGGGUUCGUCUUCAAGGUACGGAAAGAUUUACUUGAAAGCUGCCAAGAAUUACAUGGAGAAAGGUUCUGAUUAUGCUAAGAAAGAAAUCGAGCGCCUACAGCGCAUGCUUGAGAAGUCUAUCAGCCCUGUGAAGGCCGACGAGUUCACUCUUAAGAAAAAUAUCUUGUUGACAUAUGCUUGACUUGUUGGCGUGACUGUCAACCAUCUCUCGGAAGCUAGUGUUCCACCUCAGCUCCUUCUGAUGAUUGUUUGACUUUGAUAUAGAAAUUGCUGGGAGAUUUUCAACGUGGAAACUUGUAAUGCUUAAUUUGAAUAUGUUAAAAUGACCCUAUCAUGCAUGGCGAUUUUGGGGUCAAGAAGAUUCAUCUUCUUUCUUCCCCACUGUAGUUUACCUCUUGAGCGAUUUUGGGACUAAAUUUAUAACGUGACGGUUAUGUAUUCGAUACUUGUUUCCCUUUUGAUUAUAUCUAUUAUAAGAAAUGAAGACAAUACAACAAU